AUGUCUUCAGAAAACCACCUCAUAAAGCUAUCGCCAGACGUUUUACUCGUCCUCUGCAGUUUUCUUGAUACGGAGACCUUCCUCACGGCCGCUCAGAUCAAGCCGUUGAAUUACGCAGCAAUUUGGACACUCCACCACGACGAGGUCAAGCACGGCUGGGGACCUGAGAAACACACCCGCGCUCUUUCAUGGGGUGCCUACAAGGGAUACGAGUCAGUCGUUCGGAUGGCCCUAAAGAUGAAAUCUCCCAUCGCAGAGUCGCCAUUUUUUGGUGGCUGUCUGUACAAGAUGAACGGCAACGCCGUACAUGUGGCUGCCAGCCGAGGACAUGACCACAUUUUGGAGAUCCUACUCGAUCAUGGAGGUGACAUCAACUCGUGGACGAGAACUGAAAAGAUUAAUGUGGCGGAUUGUUGGGCUCGCACUUUUCGUCGCUCCGUGAGUCCUCUCUACACUGCCAUCGAGAGAGGCCAUGACCACACUGUCAGGUUCCUACUCGACAAGGGAGCAUCACUCGUUAUCGAGAAGCCCGAGUUCAACAAACCGGUAGUUCCAUCGUUACAAAGACGCCUCAAUGCGAUGCACAUCGCUGCCAAGUAUGGGCAGCAUCAUCUUAUCCGGGACCUUCAUCAUCAAUACGCCGUGGAUAUCAAUUUACCUGACAAAGCGGGUAACACGGCCCUGGCAUAUGCCAUGGAGACAGCAUACAAUAUAAAUGCUAUUGAAUAUCUCAUUUUGGAGGGAGCUGACCUGACCCUGGCUGACGAUGGAGGAUUGACGCCGCUACACAGGGCUAUAACAUUGUCCUAUGCCGAGGAGACCAAAUCCAUCGUCACAGCUCUGAUCGAUGCAGAGGCUGAUCUUGACGCUUUUAACAACAGCAUUCGAGACACACCCAUGACCAUCGCCAUCCAUUUCUCCAGGAGCGAGCUUAUUGCUAUGCUCGUCGACGCCGGCGCAUUCGUUGAUGCAUUUCACUUGCGCCUUGCGCUGACGACCCAGGACAUCGACAAUGGAACCCGAGAUACUAUUUCAGCCUGCAUCGAUGCCCUCCUGCGCUGUGGAAUCCCGGAAGAUUCGGAUCAUCUUGUCAAAUGCCUUCUCCAAGAGAAAAAUGCUGCAGCCGCCGAGAUCAUAUACAGUCGGGGCAUUGGCCUUCCGGACGAAUCCCCAGAAGGAAUCAACAGACUUCUCGAAGCCAUCCUUGACCUUCCACUAACUGAAUAUGAGAAUAAGAGUCUCACAUUUCUACUCACUCACUACGGAGAUAUCAUUCGAGGCCCAAAGCCGGAGGAGCUUAUUGCCAAACUCCUAGGGAGCCGUCACUAUAGCAGCGAAGCAAUCGUCGACCUAAUAAACCCCGGCAUCAACAUCAGGUGA